AUGCCGCGACAACGUAGGGAGUCUCUCUCCCACCUCAAUACAGUGGCUCCCGUGCCCAUAGAGCUAACUGACGGCACAGUCUCCGCCAGCCAGUUUGAUGACUCCUCACGAAUAACAGAUGUUCUUGUUGGAGAUUACCAUAUUAUAUCAGGCGACUCGGCCCCGCAAUAUGUGGUGUGGUCCAUACGUAUAGUGGUCAACGGGGCAUCACAUUCGCUGAUUGUGCUCUAUAAAAGAUAUAGUGAUAUUGAGCAAUUCCGUGGCCAGCUAGUGGCAGCAUUUCCUGAUGAAUCGAUUCCACAGCUUCCACCUAAGGACAACUUCAGUCUAUCUAGAUUAUGGUUCUCUGACCUGUGGCUAGAAACUCGCCGCAGAGGCCUUCAAUGGUUCAUGACCAACGUUCUUCUCAAUCCAAGGUACCAGCAUAGCCCAGUGAUAACUCAGUUUGUUCUUCGGCAGACCGCUAGGUAG